UACAUUGCGUCCCACUCUUUUCUCUUUGCUCCGUGGCAUUUUGUAACACAGGCAGCCUGCUGCUGUUGGUUUCACACCAAACCCUCAGCCGUGAGGACAAGCAGAGAUGGAGACAGACUGGCCGAGGUGAUCAUCUCAUGGAUUUACACAGGACCAAUGUAUGAAGACGCUGACACAUCGGAGCCAAGAAACAAGACCUUCACAGCAAUAUGACAGGAAUGAAAGUUGACAGAAACCUUUGAAUGCCACACUUUCUCUUGCUACAAAUAUGCUCAGCAAAAAAUUAUAAAGGGCCUUCAAAAUCUCUGAGAUGGUGUGCAGAUGUAGUUUGUAAGUAAUGUGAAUAAGUGUAUCUCAGAGGAGAUCAGAGGGAAAGGGAAUGCAGAGUUGCCAGCUAUAGCUUGUAUGUGAGCGUGAUGCCCAGGCGGGGGUUGCCGCUCCAGGGCCGGGUCCGCUGGCUCUUCCUGGGCCUCUUCCUGCUUCUGGUGCUGCUGCUGUUCGCAUACCUGCUUGAGUGCACCCCUCCAGCAGACGUCAGCCUGGUCCUGCCCGGGAUUGCAGGCGAGACCUAUGGGAAGGAGUACUACCAGGCCAUGCUGCAGGAGCAAGAGGAGCGCCACCUGAACCGCGCCGCCAGUCUGAAGCGCCAGAUUGCUCAGCUCAAACAGGAGCUGCAGGAAAUGAGUGAGAAGCUGAAGCUCCUGCAGGACAAGAAGGAGUUACCUGGGGUGCAGGGCUUGGCCGAGACUAAAGACCAAGAGCCAGGAGAUCUACUGGAAUACCUUCACUCUCAGAUUGACAAAGCUGAGGUCAACACCGGGGCGCGCCUGCCCAGCGAGUACGCACUGGUGCCCUUUGAGAGUUUCACCUCAUCCAAGGUAUACCAGCUGGAGAUGGGCCUGACGCGGCACCCGGAGGAGAAACCUGUUCGCAAAGACCGUAGGGACGAGCUGGUGGAGGUCAUUGAGGCUGCACUGGACAUCAUCAACAACCCUGAUGAGGAGGACGGCGUAGAGGACGACAUGCCAAUGCAGAGACAAACCUACACAGAGGGUCACUUUAUUGAAGGACUAUACAGGACAGAGCGAGACAAAGGGUCGCUUUACGAGCUCUUCUUUGCCAAAGAGGAUUCCAGCAGCUUCCGCCACGUCACGCUCUUCAGGCCUUUUGGUCCCUUGAUGAAAGUCAGGAGCACAUCUGUAGAAACAUCAGGAAUGAUUAUUAACAUCAUCGUGCCGCUGUCAGGCAGAAUAGAAACAUUCUCACAGUUCUUACACAACUUCAGGGAGGUGUGCAUACAACAGGACAGACGAGUACACCUCACUGUGGUUUAUUUUGGGCAAGAGAGCCUGCAAGAAGUGAAGUCAUCUUUGGAAAGAAUGUCAAGGGAGGAGAGCUUCUCCAAUUACACUCUGAUACCAGUGGAGGAGGAGUUUUCCCGGGGUCGCGGUCUUGAUAUCGGAGCCCACGCCUGGAAGAAAGGCGACGUCUUAAUGUUUUUUUGUGACGUGGACAUCCAUUUUACGCCAGAGUUCCUCAACACCUGUCGUCUGAACGCUGCUCCAAACAAGAAAGUCUUCUAUCCAGUGGUGUUCAGUCUGUACAAUCCUGCCAUCGUCUACGGAAAUUUGGAGCUGGCUCCACCCAUCGAACUCCAACUGAUUCACAAAAAAGAUGCUGGAUUCUGGAGAGAUUUUGGCUUUGGAAUGACGUGUCAGUAUCGCUCCGAUUUCCUAAAUAUUGGGGGUUUCGAUCUCGAAGUGAAAGGCUGGGGUGUGGAAGACGUCCACUUGUAUAGAAAGUAUCUUCGGAGCGACCUGAUAGUGAUCCGGACACCAGUGUCGGGUCUCUUCCACCUGUGGCACGAGAAGCAGUGCGCGGACGAGCUGACACCGGAGCAGUACCGCAUGUGUAUCCAGUCCAAAGCCAUGAACGAGGCCUCACACUCUCACCUGGGUAUGCUGGUUUUCCGCGAGGAGAUCGAGGCUCACCUACGCAAGCAGGCCUUCAAGACUCAGAGCAAAGCAGAGGACUGAGCAACACUCUGCGUAUCAUUCCAAUGUUACGACUGUGAGGUGCUGACAUUAUCAAUGCACUACAGCAAAGACAUGUGUACAUGGAUCCUCCUGCAUUUCACCGCACAGCUGUAGACAAAUGAAUGUACAAAAAAUGAACAACUACAUUGACCAAUGUGAAUCUUUUCAAGAUGGUACAAACUCUUAUUGAAGACCUACAGCAGUAUCAAACACAACUAAAUGAUCAAAUUGUUAAUACCUAACCUGCUGAAGGAAAACUUACUCAUGUUAAACAAAUAUCUCUUUGAUUUAAGUUGACUUUGUACUUUAUAUAUCGACAUCAAUUCAAUAAGCAUGCAAAUAUUAACUUGGGAAACACAACUUCUCAUUAAGCAAUCCUAAACAGCACCUGACUUUCAAUCAGUUUCUUAUAUCAACAUAUUCACACUCUGCUGCUGCUUCACUACUUUUCACUGCUAAGUGUUACCUCAGCCAGUAGAUUUCAGCUGUUUCAGAUGAUUUCUGCAUUCCAAAAAGUAUCAAACACCUUCAAAUACAACCAGCUGUCGAUGUUAGCAGUGGCUUUUUAAAACAAAAAAAAGUUACAAAAGGGUAAGAAGUCAGCUGUUGACAAGAUGAAAAAGAAGUUGCACUUUCCCAAAAUAGAAGUAGAAAUGCAUCAGUUAUUAAUAGCAUCCUACUGAAACCAUCAGUGAGUUGAGAUCAAAGCAAUUUACAAUCUUUCAGUUUUCUACAGUGUAUUAGUGUUUAUGGAGCCAUACUGUUCAGUUCGUAUUAUAGUUAUAGGUUGUUUCAGACUGGCAAAGUGGUAAAAAAGGGACCUUUUUUUAUGUGUUUAAUGUGACAAUCGGUCACUAUCUUCCUUUGCUGUUGACAGCUUCAGUUUAUCAGAGAAGCAUGUUGAUUAAAUAGCUUAAGAGCCAGGAACAAAGAUCUGCUAAUAGCAUGCAGCGCUAUGAUAUCAGGUCUAUGUGGACCAGUAUUAUUAUAAAUAACAAAGACUUCUCAUUUAUGCCUGAUGAGAAUCACUCGCAGCACUAUUAUUCAGAAUACUGGACUGAGAAUGAAUGUGACAGUCACUCUUGUAAAUACUUUUCUAAUAUUUCUUUGUUUCAUACAUGUGAGUUGAAUACUUUUGUCGUAUGUGCCUACAUGCUCAAAGUAAAUGUUGAAGAGAUUGUUUUGAAAGCUGCGUCGACAGCUGUAGAAUUGUUAAUUUAACUCAUAAUGAGAAAGCAUGUUACAGCUGAUCAGUCACAGAGGUACUGAGUCAGAAGUUAGAGAUGUCAUGUGGAUGAGUACAAAGUUGUCAAAUUCUUAAAUAGAGCAAACAAGAAGUGCGUUAUUUUGUCUCAAAAGGAAAGCAGGUCAAUCUUGCGUCUCAUUCUGUACUGUAAUUAUUUUUAAUCAAUGUUUUUGCAGAUAUUACAGCUUUUUGUAGAUACAGUCUGCUCAUCCUGAUGAAGAAAUGUUACAUGUCUUCCUCUCAGCAGAACACAACAAUUCAAACAGGAAGUACUUGUGCAAGGAAAUGAUUUAUUUUGACAUGGCCAUGAAAUAAAACUUAUAGAAGGCUGCA